CUGUUCACCUGCAACUGCACCACCACAACUCCAGCACCCGCCUGCCAUCAAACCUCAUCGGCCAUCGUCGUCCUAAUUUUAUCCUUUUCAUCAUUUUGAAAACGGAUUCAUAGUCCGAGUGCAUCAAACUACUAGUGAUGCGAAUUUGAGGAAUUUUCGACCCCGUUUUGCUACUUUUUCACGGUGGUCUUGCACGUUGUUGUGGUGCGUGUGCUAAGGUGCGGUUUCACCUCCUCGCUCCCUCCAUGAGCGAGUCACCACUUUGAAAAUUCCUCAUGUCCACCCGCGGCCGCGCCACCCGCCCAAAGAAACUCAACUCCAAGCAAAAUGUCCAAAUUUUCCGUGAGGAUCAAGUUGAUCCUCCUUCUGACUACGACACCCAACGUGCUGCGAUAGAAACCGGCGUUGAAAAAGCCGAAGAAUCAGAAUACCAUCUUCAACAGGCCAUCAAAGCAUCUGAAGCUGCAAAGGCUGAUGCCAAAAUCAAAGAUGCUUACAUUCCCACUCCACCUACCAUCGCCAGUGAUGUCCAGUAUGACGUCCUCUACCCGAAAGGGUUUCAACAACCCGCCACCUAUAUUCGCUCCUCUGCCACGGUCGAAGACUGUGCAGGAGUCGCGUAUUGCAUGGAUGAAGAAGAUGAACUUGCCUUGAAGUUGAUCAUCGGCAAACUGCCUGCUGGCCAGGAGCCGUGUACUGAAGACCAAUUUGAAGUGGUCAUGAAUUUCUUUGAAGAGACUGCGCAGACAAAACAGCCGUUUGCUGCCGUCGAUAGUCCGCCCGUCUUACCUUUAGAAGAAUUCGAGGAGCAGAUCGAUGACACCGUCCCUCCUUUCGUCCGCAACCUCUCCGGGUUCAUAUAUGAACACUGGAAAUCACGGCGGUCUGCAACUGGUAAUCGUCCAUUGGCCCCUCGGCUCAAAUUCGAGACCGGACAGGAGUCCGAUGACAGCGAUCCAUAUGUAUGUUUUAGACGACGUGAAUUGCGACAAAUCCGCAAGACCAGAAAUCGUGAUGCGCAGAGCGCCGAGAAGCUGCGGAAGCUCCGCAUGGAGCUCGAGACUGCGAGAAACAUGCUGCUGAUGGUCAAACGAAGAGAGCAACUUCGCAAGGAAGCCCUCGAGGUCGAUAGACUGGUCUUCGAGCAGCGGCAGGCGCUCCGCGACACAAAGAGGAAAUUGGGCAUGAAAGGGGACGAUGACCUCCUCAUCAAUCAAAAGAAGCAGAAAAUACCACCGGGGAUGACGCCCAACCAAGCCGCCCUUGCCCAGCAACUCAGGAUGCCUAUGGCUGCUGGUCCAGGUCCGGAACUGCGUACGCUCGAAGAGGUUACCGCUGCUCGUGAACGCGAGAUCCAAAAGGAGAUCCAGACCAAUGUUGAGAAACACAUCAGAUGGAAUGAGGGUUUCGUCGAUAAGACCAUGGCACCGCUUACUCCUGAUCUUGAAGAUAAUUAUCCUUCGCCCGGCGAACAUUUCCGGGAAGCAAUGGCUGCGACUGAAUACUUGCCAACACCACCAGCUAGUAUCUCGGAUGAAGAGUCGCAGGAACUGCCGAAUGGAACAGACGUGGUGAUGAAAGACGUAUCCCGACCACCGACGCCAUUCCGAUAUGCUAGUCCAGCGGAUGAAGAAUCCGUCGGACACAUGCCUUCCUUUAGACGGAGGAUAGGACGUGGUGGGCGUAUCAUAAUUGAUCGAAGACUCCCUCGAAUGCGACGAGACUCCUCGGCAGACGAUUGGUCCAAGGAUGAUCGGUUCAAAUUUGACUCGGACGACGAAGAUUUCUCUGAUGCUGAUCCCACUUUACCCGACUUAACUUUUGCUCGCAUGUCCCAGCGCGCAUAUCUCAUCGGUGGAAGCCGACCGACAGACGCACAACUGAUAGCAUCAAGGAGAUCACAGUCCGACGUCGCAGGCCCAAGUCACUCUUCUCCAGCUGGGCAGCAUGCACAACCGACACCUGCACCUUCUUGAAAUGUCAUGAUUAUUUUGGAUAACAUCUUUUCCCUUAGCACUGUCUCAGAGAGUACAAUUCACCAGACUCUCUCCUCAAAGUUCGGAUGAUCCCGGGCUCUUGUUAGGAUUCCAGUGACAGCAGAAUCGCCCUCUUUUGCGGCAUUGUACGAUGAUGGAUCAAGUUCGAAGGAGCUCAUAAGCUUCCCGGCCGCGGAGUCGACCCGGUGGGCUGUUUGGAGGAUGAUAGAACUGUACAUAGUAUCGAGGCCAGCGCCUUCGUCAAUGAAAACGAUGAACACAUCGUAAAGAAUUUUGUGUUGAAAA